CGUGAGGCUUCAGUCUGGUCUUGAGGGUUGUGCGACCGCCUCAGUAGCUAUAAUGCCUCUCGCGCCAAUCCGCGGUUCGUCUCGUAAAAUUGGAAGUGUCGUAAACGGAUACUUCGCAACCAUCUCAACUCGCGCGUCUAAAAACCUCUAAAAAAAGGACUUGCAUCAAAAUAACAAAAAAUGUGACGUUUAUGUGAAAAUAUUCGGUGCUAACUUUGCUCAUUGUGAAAUGGAUAAUUAAGUGUAAAAAUCCCAGAAAAUUAUAAUGCAAUGUAAUAACAUGAGAAAACUCCAUCAGUGGUUAUUCGAAGCCCGGGACAACUUAACAAAAGCUCCAGUUAAGGAAUGGGAGUUGCAACCCGAUAGUUUCGAGCAAAACGACGAAAGUUGUAAUGGUUUCAUUGUGCUUCGCUCCGUGGCAUUGUUUGGGUGGUGGUGCAGAAAUUUGGCGUAAAGCUGCCUAUUCAAACAGGUAUAAAGAGCUCUGAAUGAAACAUUCGUCGAGGAAUUCAGAACAAUGACGGAUUACACGACCUUGAUGGAAAUUGUAUCGUGCAGCAACAAAUCGGAAUACUCGAUACCACCUAACAUCACAAAAAGCCUAACAAACACUAAAGCAAAAGAAGACAUGGCAUUCUGGUUGAAAUUACUCUGGUCAGUGCUUUUUGUGUUGAUGUUGGUCGUCGCUGUGGGCGGGAAUUCCAUAGUUAUGUGGAUAGUUUUAGCUCACAGGAGGAUGCGAACGGUAACGAAUUACUUCCUUGUCAAUUUGAGCAUAGCGGAUUUAAUGAUGUCAAUUUUUAACUGCACAUUUAAUUUCACCUACAUGAUAAAUAGUAAUUGGCAAUUUGGAGAGAGCUACUGUAAAGUCAAUAACUACAUCGGUAUUGUGGUCGUUGCAGCUAGCGUUUUCACUUUAACUGGAAUUUCCGUCGAUCGUUAUAUCGCGAUAGUUCGUCCCUUAAAGCCACGGACGACCCGACGUUGCGCCCGCAUAGUCCUGGGAAUAAUUUGGAGUGCUAGUCUCUUGCUCGGCUUACCAAGCUUCAUUUACUCAACGACUAAAGUUUACAGUUGGAGAAAUGAAACGAUCAUCCAUUGCAUCCUAAAUUGGCCUGACGGCCUUCCGAUGGAUUCAACGUACGACUAUUUAUACAAUGUAAUAAUUUUUAUCCUAACGUAUAUAAUUCCUAUGUCAGCGAUGAUAUUAUGCUAUUCUGCGAUGGGGAAAGCACUUUGGGGAAGUAAAGCAAUCGGAGAAUUAACGCAAAGACAGCAAGACUCUAUUCAAUCUAAGAAAAAGGUUGUAAAAAUGUUUAUAGUAGUUGUAAUUAUAUUCGCAGUCUGUUGGUUUCCUUACCACUCGUACUUCAUCUAUAUUCAUCACCAUAAGCAAAAAAUUUUGUAUAGCUGGUAUAUUCAACAUCUGUACCUGGGAUUCUACUUUUUGGCCAUGUCCAAUGCAAUGGUGAACCCGAUCAUUUACUACUGGAUGAACGCCAGAUUUCGACAAUAUUUCAACAAUAUCAUAUUUGGAUGGCGCUGUAUUCGACGAUCAAUAAAUGACGAGGACGGGACGGACACACCUACCAAUAUGAAAUUUCACUACAAUCAUUCAGUCUCCAGAUCAAGGUCCGACACGGCCGAAGACUAUUCUGAGCCAUACGACAGGUACAGGCAAAAUUUCAGGCAUCGACACAACUACACAUCCGUGAGACGACACUUAACGAACACGGAGUCGCCACGAUCGUUGAACGAGAUGGAUCGAUCGAUGAGAUCCGUGCAUGCGCAAACGAGACAAUCCGACAUUCCUUGCCAUCACUGUCAACCGCAAAGGAGCGACAUGAACAAAUGCUCCUUGCAAGUCGAUCAAGUGCCUAAAUCAUAUUUUUAUACGCGUCAUAAAACGCACAGUGAUCCUCCCUUCAGGAAUUUGGAAAAUGUUCGAUCGCUCACUUCGUCGACGGCAGUGUAGGUCUUCGUUAACGCGAAAGGCGAUCACGAGAUUUGAGGGGCACCCGUUAUAAAGUGCAAAUUUUAAGAGAUUGGAGGGGGAAAGAUAAAAUAUUUUGUACUUUUUUUACGGAUCGGUAUUUGUUAUGACUCAUCAGUGCAUUGUACUGCCGUGUUGCCGAAGAGAGUAACGCCGCGCUAAGGAAGAACGCCGUAUGAACAUUCGAGAGUUGCUUUUCUUUCGAUGAAAUGUUCAUUUUUAAGGAAAGUUAAGUAUAUUUCCCCUUGAAAUUUUCAGGAAUUUUCGGUGGAAUUGCGAGCAAAAUUAUCUGGAAAAUUGGAGGAAAAAUGUACAUAAGUUCACCAGGAAAUUCAGCAACGCUCGAAGCUUCAUACGGCGUCCUUUCUUGGUACGGCAGUGUAAUAAACGAUCAAAAUUUCAAAAUCGAGUUUACCUGCUCCAAAAUUUGUCAAAUGUAAUUGCAAACUGCAGAAUCAUUUUACUAAAAUAGUGAAAUUAUAGGUUCUGUAUAAAAAUAAAAACAAGGCUUUUAAGGCAGCUCUGAGUUAGCACAAUCCUGUGAAAGAGCGGUACCUCGGCAAUCACGUGCAAACUGGCAUCUGUUUUUGCCAACUUUUCAGUCCGUAUUUUACUAGUCAAAAAUACAAUCACGCUACAUGCAGAAAAUCGACGGUGAAAUUCCUAAAUGACGUAUCUCGUUUGCGGCAUUUAAAAUCUCAGGUAUUAUUUUAUAUUUUUAAAGGAGAAAAAUUCAACAUCAUUCUUUAAAGUUUUUAAAAAAUUUGCUACGCACAGAGAAGAAAAAGCACGGACUUUUUUAAAAGUCACAGUUGAGUGUAGUGCUUUAUUUAAAAAUUGAAGUAUGAAAGAAGUCUGUAACAUCGCAAACCGAGGUACUCGAUUUGGGAAUUUCACCGUCGAAAUAGUACACGCUAUUGUCCUGCCCAUAUGGAAUAAAUAAGUCAUUUUAUUUAGUUUUAGGUAAUUUUUAAUCACUUGAUUGAUUUCUAAGAGCUUUUGGGAUAGUUUUGGAUAAUUCUACAAGGAAUUGAAGGUUUGCACGGUAAUAUUUUCCGCCCCAAUACCUUCCGGACCAUUUUUGUUUCAACUUCAUUCCUUAAGUUUCCACUCUCCUCGGUAACACGGCAGUAGAGCGGUGUAUCCUCAAGUAUUUACCUUCGACUUCGUAAUUUUAGUGUAAAGAGCCUCACUGGGAUGCCGUAAAACGACAUUGACUCGAUUUUUUCAAAAAUGCCUCCUAACAAGUUCAAACACUAAACCCUUCAUCCACGUUUUAGACUCAAUGCGCAAUGAAAUGAUUUGGCAUCGUUCUGAAAAGAGAGACAUUUUUUUUUUUCAUUACUCGUGCACAAUAAAUCCACGAAAAUGCAUCGUCAAAAAGAAAAGGCUUAGAAGGUGGAAAGGGACUCCUAUCAGUGAUUGCAUGGGCACUUUCAUCGCUUUUUCAAAGCCCCCUCAUCAGUUCCUCUCCAGAUGACCUACUAACACUCCAAUCCUAUCCGCCUCUCUCCGCACAAAAUGAGUGCUAUGCCCGCAAAUCCGACCAAAUCCACAGACAAAAAGGAGAGGAAGUGAGCUAAUUAGUGACAUAUUUCAUCGCUUGACUGACAUAAGGGCAUAACUACACAAUGAGAUGAGCCCGGAAAAGCAUUGGAUAGUAUGGAGGACACGGGUCAUUGCCGAGUGUGGUCACGCCCUCAUGUCAGGUAGGCGACGAUUUAUUUCAACAUGAGGCGAGAAAGUAAAAAGCGUCUAAAAUCCGAGGGAUGGAACAGACCGAGUUCUGCAAGAAGGAAUCGCAAUCUACUUGAAAAUGAGAAAAAUAAGCUUGUAAAUGUAAUCUGUCAUGAAGCAUAAUAUUAAAGAUAUACAUCGUGGACCCCUAUUUUUCAGAAAUAAAUAUUUUUUCCACGGCUUUGAAUUUUUAGAGAGAAAAUAAAAGACUGUUUGACUCAAAACUAUUAUUCACUCAAUUUUCCAAGAUGUACUUUCGUUCACAUCGGUCCAAAUAAAAAAAGGAUCACUUAUCUAAAAUUAAAUUUAACACUUUUCUAUCUCCAAAUCUCAAAAAACACAUGAAAUUGACUUCAACUUUUGUUCCAUUUCUUCCGACCGUUGUCUCAACGUAGCUCUCAUCCAUCAACUCUUAAGUAAACCUUUGUUAAUGUAUGCAGCAACUACUCGUUGACGUAGACGCUCAGCACCUCUAUGUGAGCCUUGUGCGUAUAAACUUUAGUGUUCAUCCUUUUUUGUGAGAAGAUGUUAUGAAAAUAAAUUGUGAUAACGUUACGAAAAA